AUGACCAACGCUUUGAAUGAAAUUGAGAACAUGUCAGCAUUUCCAUCCGAUGGUAAAACGGUAUCCCCAAAGGAUUAUGCCAAUAAUGAUAAGCUAAAGUUGAGUGGUAGAAUCAUUAAUGUCAUGACGCUGUUACCUACGCAAAUAGUUAAGAAGACUAAUAAAUCAGGGAACGAUAAUUGGGACGUAGAACCUGUGAGAGGAAAUUCUGCCCUUUAUUCGUCCCAAUUUUUUUUGGCACAGCAGACAGACUGGGAAAGCCAUUUAGUUGGAUGGACCGGAGAAUUAAUAAAUAAGUCAUCGAAUUCUAAGAGUAUUAUCAAUGAAAAUAUAACGGAUGAUCCGUUAUAUUUAAACAAAGAGGAUAAGACAUCGUUGGAAGGAAAAAUCAGGGACGCUAAUAAGUCUGCCCAUAUACAUCCAGUCUGGUUACUAAGGAGAGAUCAAGAAAGGUGGAGGAAUUAUGCGGAAAACGUCUUAUGGCCUGUUUUCCACUACAUCCAAGGGGAACCUUCGGAUGGUAAAGACGAAGCAAGUUCAUGGCAUGAUUACGUCAAAUUUAAUGAAGCGUACUGCCAGAAGAUCAUAUCGAUUUACAAGCCAGGUGAUGUUAUAUGGAUACAUGAUUACUAUUUGUUAUUACUUCCACAGUUGUUAAGAAUGGAGAUUCCGAAUGCUAUAAUUGGUUUGUUCAUGCAUGCUCCAUUUCCAUCCUCAGAAUACUUUAGAUGCCUUUCAAAAAGGUCACAUUUAUUAGAUGGUAUGUUGGGUGCCGAUAAGAUUGCAUUUCAAUCAGAGGCAUUUCAAAGACAUUUUUCGUCAUGCUGCACGAGAUUAUUAGGAUGUGAAAUUUCUAAGGAUAAACUUAUGGCGUAUGGUUCGGCUAUAUCUUUGGAAACAUUGCCUAUUGGUAUUGAUACCAAAAAGAUUGAAUAUGAUGCGUUUUCUUCUGACUCUGGUAUUGAACAGAAAGUUCGUGCAUUAGGGGAAAUUUAUGCCGAUAAGAAGAUCAUUGUAGGUAGAGAUCGUUUAGAUACUGUCAGAGGUGUGGUACAAAAAUUGCAAGCAUUUGAAAUGUUUUUGCAAAUGUAUCCUGAAUGGAGAGAUAAGGUUGUAUUAAUUCAAGUUUCAAGUCCUGGAUAUUCUCAUUCAGCGAAGGUUGAGCAAAAGGUGACAGAGUUAGUUCAUCAUAUCAAUAGUGAAUAUGGUGAUUUAAACUCUACACCAAUUUUGCACUAUCAGAAGAGGAUCAACAAGGAUGAAUAUUUAGCCUUAUUAAGGGUUGCCGACUUGGCUCUUAUCACAUCAGUUAGAGACGGUAUGAAUACGACUUCCUUAGAAUUCGUGUUAUGCCAAAAAGAAAAUUAUUCUCCAUUGAUUUUAUCGGAAUUUACAGGUACUGCCUCUGUCUUGAGUGAAGCCAUUUUGGUAAACCCAUGGGAUUCAGUUGGAAUUGCAAAAACGAUGAACGAUUGUUUCUAUAUGUCUAAAGAUAAGAAGAGGGCAUUAGAAGAAAGGUUGUAUAAGCAAGUUACAUCAAACACAAUUCAGAAUUGGACCUCAAAUUUCAUAACUCAUUUAAUUGAUCAUGUUAACAAUACGCAUCAAACGCAUUAUACCCCUGCUUUGAAUAGACCCUUGUUAUUGAAUAAUUAUGAGAAUUCUCAUAGAAGAUUAUUCUUAUUUGACUAUGAUGGGACUUUAACACCAAUUGUUAAAGAUCCAGCAGCAGCUAUUCCUUCAUCCAGAUUGAAUGCUGUAUUGGAUAUUUUAUCAUCUGAUCCUAAAAAUCAAGUUUGGGUUAUCUCUGGUAGAGAUCAGGCGUUCUUAGAUAAAUGGUUAGGAUCUAAGAAUAUUGGUCUAUCAGCUGAACAUGGUUGUUUCCUUAAAGACAUUGGCUCUACAGAAUGGUCUAAUUUGUCUGCAUCUUUCGACAUGUCAUGGCAGACUAAAGUUAAAGAAGUCUUCAAAGAAUAUACUGAGAAGACACCUGGUUCAAAUACCGAACAGAAAAAGGUCGCAUUAACUUGGCAUUACCGUAGAUCUGAUCCAGAACUCGGUAAGUAUCAAGCUGAGAAGUGUUUAAAGUUCUUGAAGGAAACAGUUGCUACUGAGUAUGAUGUUGAAGUUAUGCCAGGCAAAGCAAAUAUUGAAGUUAGACCAAAUUUUGUCAACAAAGGUGAAAUUGUUAAGAGAUUAGUGCUAAAUCCUCAUGGUGCUAAGCAAAUACCUCAUGUGGUGACUAAUUAUAAUAAAGAUGUCCCAGUUGAUGAAUUACCGGACUUUAUUUUAUGUCUUGGGGACGAUUUUACUGACGAAGAUAUGUUUAAAUCUUUGAAGGAUAUUGAAGCAGAAUGGAGCCUGAAGGAUCACCCAACGAACCAAUAUGGAUCUCAUGGUGUUUAUCCUGUUGCAGUAGGACCUGCCUCGAAGCAAACUAUUGCUACAUCACACUUAACAGAACCAUCUGAAGUUUUAGAAACUUUGGGCUUAUUGUCAGGCGUAGUUUCAUUAUUUGAAAGUGCAGGGUCGGUUUCUUUAGACGAUAGAGGACAUCUUGAAAAUAGUACUUCGUCGAAUAAAUCGAAAUCUGCUAUCAAGGAAGCAACUAAGAAAGAAGGAUCAAAAUCUUGUUAA